UACGUUCUGAUGCUAUGAAGGUGGAUCAAAAAUGCCCAAGGAAGUGACAGAAGGACCAUUGAAAGUUGAAUCAAGCGGGUUUUCGUCGUGAAGUUCAAUAUCUGGGGGGUCUGUAAGGAGGGGUGUUUGUAAUCUGAAGAAGAUACAACCGGUUUUAUCACUUUCAAGCCGAAGCUUUGCUCGAGAACAUGGCAUCAGACGAAGCAUCUCUUCGAGCCCUGGAGACCUUAAUGAAUGAAUUCUUCAAUGGUUGCACCUCUAAUGAAAGAAAAAGGGAAAUUGAGCAGCAGCUGGGUGCCUUUAUGCAGCAGUCCGGAGCAUGGCGGCACUGCUUCUACUUCAUGUCUCAGACACAGAACGAGUACGUCAUGAUGUACUGUCUCACUGUGCUGGAGAACAUAGUGAACAAGCUGUGGAUGGGCAUCCUGGGACAUGACAAGAUGGAGAUUAGAACAUCGCUCAUCAACUUCCUCAUGGAGAGACACAAGGUCGUGGCUCCUUACGUACGCAACAAGAUCUGUAAAGUCAUCGUGGACAUUGGACGCAUCGACUGGCCGCAUUUCUAUCCAGACUUCUUCACAAAUAUAUUACAGAUGAUACAGCAGCCAGAGACGGCCUCCCUAGGCCUGAUGAUGCUCCAGACCACAUCAGAAGAGAUGGCAUGUCCACGGGAGGACCUGAGUGUUGCUAGGAAACAGGAGCUCCACAGACUGCUGCUGGAACAAGUGCCAACUGUUCUCAGUUUACUAUCAGGCUUGUUGGAACAGGUUCUUGAGAAGAGUAGCCACAUGGUAACCACGGCAACACCGCCCCCCUCCCCCAACCAUGACGACUCCAGUAACAGCUCCUGGAACUCUUCACCUAUGAAUUCUGGUAGCAUCAUCAGUGGAAUGUUCCAGGUGAGUGACAAGGAGAACAUUCGACCGCUGCCAUCCCUGGACCACGACAGUGAGCACAUGAGUGCACAGGCCCUGCAGUGUCUCAACCACCUCUUCAGCUGGAUCCCCCUCUCCUCAGUCAUCACCCCAUCCUUACUCAUCACCAUAUUCAAGUUUGCCAGUUUCGGCUGUGACCCAAACUCUCAGGGCUCCCCUAGCGGCUUGUCGAACUUUGGCGGAGGCCGUAACGGCGCGGGAAAGACCACGAACCUCGGCAUACUGGCCAUGUGUUGUAUAAAUGAAGUCAUGUCGAAGAGCUGCGUGCCUGCGGAUUUUGAGGAGUAUUUGUACCGGAUGUUCCAGCAGACGUUCCAGCUGCUACAGAGGCUGACGAAGGAGCCGCCAUCAGGAGCUUAUGGGAAUAAGUUAGCAGAGCUAGACGAGAUGUACAUAGACAAGUUCACAGAAUUCCUGAGGCUGUUUGUAAGCGUCCAUCUAAGAAGGUUUGAGUCCAACUCCCAGUUUCCAGUGGUGGACUUUCUAGCCUUACUGUUCAAGUACACUUUCAAGCAGCCUCAGCAGGAGGGUUACUACGCAUGUCUGGACGUGUGGAUGGUGUUUCUGGACUUCCUCCACAACCUCACCAAGGGCAGGAAUGCUGAUGGGAACAACACUGUGGCCAAGUACAAGGAUGCCCUGGUGACCCUGAUGUGUGAGAUCGUGCGGAAGCUGCAGUUCAGGUACAACCAGGCCCAGCUGGAGGAGCUGGACGACGAGGUUCUCGACGAUGAUGAGGAGACAGAAUGGCAACACUUCCUGAGACAAUGUCUGGAGGUUGUGGCUAAGAUAGCUGAACUGUUGCCAGAGGAGGCCUUCAGGACACUGUAUCCACCAUUUCAAGAGUACCUGGACAUCUACCUGGGGUUGGAUCAGUAUGUAGUGAGUGAGGCAAACGGAAGAAGACUGAACAUCACAGCGGAGAAUGAGUGCAGAAGGCUCCACUGUAGCCUGCGGGACCUGGGCUCCAUGCUGCAGGCCAUCGGCAGGCUGGCAGAACACUUCAUCGGGGAGAUGUUCCCUCAGAGACUACAGGAUGCACUGUCGCUGGUGGAAAGACUGUGCCAAGCUGCUGUGUAUAGCACCAAGUUAAAGCUAUAUGAUGUACAUACUGCCAUUCCAACUGUCCUACGUCCAGACUUCAUUGAAGUACAUGCCCAGUCCCUUGCAGCACUCCAUGCCUACUCCCAUUGGCUGUCACAGUUCUAUCACCUGACCAAACAGACCAAUCACCAGCAAGACAAAUUUGCUUCCAUAGUCUCUACCAUUGUGGAUGCCAGCACACCGCUGCUAAAGACUCAGAUACCUGAGAAGGUGACCCUGACAGCAGCACACCUGUUCCUGUCCCUGGUGACCACGGUGCGCCCCUCCUUCCUCAUGGCCCUGCCCUCAGUACAGACCCUGUUCUCUAGUGUCAGCCAUGGAGCCAUCACAACAUUACCAACAGAGGUCCAGCUGUUGGUGUGCCGGGCCCUGUCCCACAUCUUUGUGCUGCCGUGGCCUGUAGUGGGGGACAAUGAGCAGGAGUGGGAGGCCAGGUCCUCCAGCCACCUCAACUUCUUAAAGGAACUCACCAAGGAGUACAGGGGCAUGAAGGACAUGCCUGGCCUGUCUCAAGACAAGAGCAUGCAGGAACGAGCUAAACCAGAGAUCAGGAGAACGCUGAUGGUUGUGUGUGACCUGGCGGAGUCUGUGGCCGGGGAAGUGAUGAAGACUCGACAGAUCUGUUACCAGUCUCUACAGGAGUCAGUCCACACCACCCUGGCAAUACUGCCUGUCUACAUCCACCAGCCAGAUGUGGUGGAGGACAUGAUGAGCUUCUUCCUAGCACUGUUCCAGAGUCUGAGGGUACAGAUGGGCGUGUCUCUAACGGAGAGGAUCAUCCAAACUUUUAUGAACAUGUUUACAAGGGAACAAUUAGCAGAAACAAUACUUCAUGAAAGCAGUUCUGGGUCCAGAGUUAUAGAAAAAUUUCUUAAGAUUCUGCAACUUCUUGUAGAAGAGCCCGGAUCAGCCUUUAAGACUUUCAUCCCCAGUAUUGUAUCCCUUUGUAUGGACCAAGUUUACCCCAUUAUUGCUGAGAGAACGAUCCCAGACAUCAAGUCGGUUCUGUUUGAGCUGCUGCACCACCUGCUGGCCCACAACUGGAGGUUCUUCUUCCGGUCGUCCGUGCUGGACAGCAUGCAGUCUGGUACAGAGACUGUCGAGAACCAGCAACAGUUCUCUUCCAUCAUGCUGGCAUUUGGGCAGUCCUUCAUGCAGCCUGAUAUCACCAUCUUCAAGCAGAACCUGGAGGCUCUGGAGAGUCUCAACAGCAAACUCAAGCUGUACCAGAAGGCCAUCUUCAAGAGCAGCCUGCUGUUCCAGUUCCUGAACGUUCUGCUCCAAGUGUUGGUCCACAGGUCACAUGACCUCCUGAGAGAGGAGAUCGCCAUUGCAGCGUACAACAUGGCGUCUGUGGACUUUGACGUCUUCUUCACAACCUUCCUGCCGCAGUUCUUAGGGGGCUGCGAGGGACUCGACCAAACCCAGAAGACCAUCUUGGCUCAGAAUUUUAAGAUGGAAAAGGACUUGCCGUCCUUUACCCAGAGUAUCCACAGGUUUGUGAACGACCUGCGGUACUACCGGCUGUGCAACAGCAGUCUGCCAGAGGGAACCAUCAAGUUCUGACACCAGCCCCCCUCCCCCUUCUCGCCCCCCCUCCCCCUUCUCGCCCCCUCCCCCUUCUACCAUUCCACCAUUCACACAAGCACAGGUCGUCAUGCAAGAUGACAG